CCCCGCCUUGCUGUUUGGGAGGCGGGCAAAAAGCAACAAGUCUCCCGCGAUAGGAGAGAGGCAGGCGGGUGGGAGGGAGAAGAAGGGAAGGAAGGCGACGCUCCCUCCUCCCGCACAGGAAACGCGCAGAGGGGCAGCUUCUGCUCACGCUGCCACGCACGUGUCACUCUCCGCGCGCCUAAGCAGGACCAUGCCCAAGAAAGGAGGGAGACGAGCUGCAACAGAGAAGGAACAAUGUUUGCCAUGUAAACAAGCAAAAGUGGAAGCAACCUGCCCUUGGCUUAUGAAAUGUGACCAUCCAGAGAGCGUAUUUGAAAGUUUGAUCUCUCCUGUCAAACAAGAUGAAUUUUUCAGAGAAUAUUGGGAGCAGAAGCCUUUGCUGCUUCAAAGAGAGGAGCCAUCUGUGGCAUUGUACUACCAAUCUCUUUUUCACUUAACUGACCUGAAAGACAUGGUCAAAGAGGGUUUGUACUAUGGAAGGGACAUUAAUGUCUGCAGAAGUAUGAAUGGGAAAAAAAAGAUUUUUAACAAAGAUGGCAAAGUCAGCUAUGAACAGCUGAAGAAAGACUUUGACCAGAAAAAGGCUACAAUACAAUUCCACCAGCCCCAGAGAUUUAAGGAUGAGCUCUGGAGAAUCCAGGAGAAGCUGGAAUGCUACUUCGGCUCAUUGGUUGGAUCUAACGUUUACAUUACCCCACCGGGGUCCCAAGGCCUGCCACCACACUACGAUGAUGUUGAGGUGUUUAUCCUACAGUUGGAAGGAAAGAAGCACUGGCGACUCUAUAAGCCUACUGUACAUUUAGCUCAAGAAUACAACACUGAGCCCGAGGAGAAGAUAGGGACUCCAACACAUGACUUCAUAUUAAAGCCAGGAGACCUGCUGUAUUUUCCAAGGGGAACCAUACAUCAAGCUGACACACCUCCUGGGAUAUCGCAUUCUACUCAUGUGACCAUCAGCACCUAUCAGAACAACUCUUGGAGAGAUUUUUUGCUGGACGUGGUUCCUGGACUAGUGUUGGAUACGGCGAAAGAGGAUGUUGACUUUCGGAAGAGCAUUCCAAGGCAGCUACUGAUGAAGGCGGAUUUAUCUGAUUCAUCCAAGCAAUUAAGUGGCUUCCUGAGAUGCCUUGCAGACCGUCUGGAAAAUGGUAGAGAAUUGAGGUCAUCAGACAUGAAAAAAGACUUCAUUAUGAACAGAUUACCUCCUUUCUUGGGGACUAGCUUUGACUCUCUGGCUCCAGGUGGAGCACUACCAAAAAUAGACAGUACAAUCAGGUUACGGUUUAAAGACUACACAGUAAUUACAGUGGAACCAGACCUUUUGGAAGAGUCUCACAAAGAAAUGGUUUUUGUAUAUCACUCUUUAAAGAACAAGAGGGAAGUCCAUAUGAUGGGGGAUGAGGAUAUGAAUGAGGAUGGAAUAGCAGAGACUCGUGGGUUACGAUUUCCGCUCUCACAUAUGGAUGCGUUGAAGCAAAUUUGGAGCGGUAACACUAUCCGUGUUAAAGAACUGAAUCUGACUUCAGAUGCAGAAAAAGAGAACUUGGUGGUAUCAUUGUGGAGUGAAUUGCUCAUUGAAGUAGUCUAGAGACAUGAUCCAGUCAAAGUUAAGUACUCAUAGGUCUCUUAGAUGUUGCUGGGAGAAUCAAGUGUGCCCUUAAAUUAAAAUAGAAUGGACCUAAGGCGCCAGCCAAAGUUAAAAGUGCUUAAAUCUGGCAUUGCACAGAAACAGCAAAAUGUUACCUCAGGCAAAGGCUUUUUACACAGUUUUUGUAUGCGUAGUGAGUAAGGGUACUACUGGGUUUGUUGAACAUAAAAAUAACACACAGGAGGGUAAAUGGGGAAGCUGUGGCCCUCAAGGUGUUGGACUCCCAAUGCAGUGGGAGAUGUGGGGAGCCGUAAGUUCAGCAUCCCUGGUGCAAAGUAGGAAUGAAUGGUUCAUGCUUUUCCUGGUUUCAGCAGUGACAUAUGUACAGUGGUACCUUGGUUUACGAACUUAAUCCGUUCUAGAAGUUCGUUCUUAAACCGAGGCCUCCCACCGGUCGGCUUCUGUUCUUAGACUGUUGUUCGUAAACAGGGCUGUUCUUAAACCGAGGUACCACUGUACACCUAAAGUAAGGUGGCCUGGUCUUGCCAUACGAAAGCCAGUGACACCCCAAAUUGUGGAUAGUGCCAUGGGUUGCAAACAUAAAAGUCUUGGCCCCUUUUGGGGUGAAAGUGUGCUUUGUUGUACAGAUAAAGCCAACCUACUGCACUGCAUCUCAUAAAGGAUGCAUCAUGUAAUUAGUUGCAUGAAAAAGCAACAGUAAAAGCACAAAGGAGCAGAAGCCAAUUUAUAGCUAUCUGCCCAUGCCAAAUGAUACAGAAUUACCUGGGUGUAACUAUUCAAGGUGUAUAAAUUGAGAAGAACCAGACACACAUAAAUAUGUGAUAAUAGUAUUGCAUCACAAUAAGUUAGAAUGGAACGUUGUUACUUACUGUGACGCUUCCUCCUUGUUUGGUAGGCUAAGGCAUCCACUGUGGGUUGUGUCUUUCACAUUUGCCUACUGUGUGAGCUUGCACCAUGGGAGGCGAGAGACUGAAACAAUUGUGGUUCUCGCACACUUUAUCAUUUGCCUUCCUUUCUAGCCAGGCAACAGCUGGAUGGAAAACUACCACAUGGUUCAGUUUGCUUCAUUGAUCAAUUAUUAACAUCUGGGCAGCACCUCCCAUAGAUCAGUAUGUGGGGCAUAUGUUUUUAAUGCUCCUUCAUCCUUACAAUUCUGUACCGGUGUUGUGAACAAAACCCAGGAGGCCUUUCCCACAUUCUUGCCCACCUCACCCCCAAAUGCAAAGCAUUGUCUAUUCUAUUAUUUUUGUCUGCUGCUGUCCUUUACAAUUUAGGGUGACUGUGUUUUUUCUUAAAUACUGUGAUCUUGUAUUUAUCAUGCAAGUUUCCUCGUAAUGGCUUGGCACCACAAGGUAGCUUAAAGCUACCUUUAUAUAAUGGUUUGAAAUGAUAUUCAGAAAACAAAG